UCUUGCUUUCUCAGCAGCAGGCAGUCACUUCCUCUUACGAGUAAUAAGAGCAGCUUUUCACAGACCGGUCUGCUUGUCAGAGUGACUGACUGACUGAGAGCAGCUCACGCACAGAGAGAGGCAGCAGGGGAGACUCACACUCCGAUCUACCACUUGCUGAAUGUGCUGUUGCUGUGGAGACAUCAAUGAACCACAAGAAAUAGGCGAGGAGGCUUCCCCAGCCACACAGUCCUGAGGAGACAGAGGAGAGGAAGCACACAGAAUCCAUCAUGGACCACCACGCCAAAGUGGAGCGGUUUCUCAAGUUGGGGUACUCUCACAGCGACAUCCUGAGGGUGCUGGAGAGCCUUCGCCAUGAUGCCCAGACCAAUGACAUCCUGGAGGAGCUGAUAAAGACAUGCCACACUCGCACUCACAGCAACAAAAGUGUCCCUAACAGUCCCAAGCUGGUGCCCAGAGGCUCCAGCCCUAGUCCCAGUCAACCUAGACCUGGAGCAGACAGAGAGCCAGCUGCUGGCUUCAGACCAGUGGUUAUAGAUGGAAGCAAUGUGGCCAUGAGCCAUGGUGACAAGAAGGUGUUUUCGUGCCAGGGCAUCCAGUUGGCAGUGAACUGGUUCUGGGACAAAGGGAUGAGGGACAUCACUGUGUUCAUUCCCCUGUGGAGGAAGGAGCAGCCGCGACCAGAGGCUCUCAUUACAGAUCAACAUAUUCUCCACGAGCUGGAGAGGAGGAAGAUCCUGGUGUACACGCCUUCCCGCUGCGUGAACGGUAAGAGGGUGGUGUGCUAUGAUGACCGCUACAUCGUCAAACUGGCCUUCGACUCUGACGGCAUCAUUGUGUCCAACGACAACUACCGUGACCUGCAGAUGGAGAACCCCCAGUGGAAGAAGUUCAUAGAGGAGAGGCUGCUGAUGUACACAUUCGCUAAUGACAAGUUCAUGCCUCCAGAUGAUCCUCAGGGCAGAAAUGGUCCCACCAUUGAUGAUUUCCUGCGGAAGAAACCAUGGACCCCAGACAACAAGCAGCAGCACUGUCCUUAUGGAAAGAAGUGUACUUAUGGAGUCAAAUGCAAGUUCUACCACCCAGAGCGGGCCAACCAAUCACAGCUCUCUGUGGCUGAUGAACUGAGGGACAGAGCCAGGAACUUCUCACCCAAACCAAGCCUGCAGGACACACAGUGCAUCUCUGCUGUGUUCCAGCCAGAGCACACAUACACUUCCUCCACCCCUCCACCUCUCAGCACAGAGGAUCAGGCCCACAGGGCUUCACCCAGUGAGCACUUCAUCUAUCACAGAGACACCAGCAGCCCGAGAAAUCCGAACUCGGACCUCCACCACUGCCCAAACCUGGACGUAGACGAGGCCUUCAGCUCCAUGGAGAGCUUUAUGUCCAGGCUCUACAUCCAAGAUCCGUCCUACAGCAUGGAGCGGCCUCCCCACAGCUACAGCAGCGGGGUGGCCAGCUACAGCCUGAGCCACGACGACUACUCACUCUCCGGGUCAUUUGGUGGGAGCACUCAGAGGCCGUGCGUGGGCGGAGGAGGUUAUUACCCUCAUCAGAACAUUUCAGUGUCUGGUGAAGGCCGCGUGUGCAGCCAGUGCAGGUGCUGUCAGCAGCAGACCAGUAUGUCCUUACACCAACACCACCCAGCAUGGGGCUCCUGCCCAGCUCUGCCUCCACAUAACGGGGAACACCCUGGCCACUAUUCAGAGAAGCAGUACUACAGACAACCUUCCAACAGACAGAGCCAAAGCCUACCAAGGAACCCAUGGGCACAGGCUGAUGGCAGGAUGAGUGGCCGGGCUAAGAGCCCAUCCAGUGAGCAGAGGAAGGGCCUUAGGAGCCAGCUAAGCACCUUGUUCCCUCAGAGCGCAGUGGAGCAGGUCAUGAAUGCUUACCCACAUGUGUCAGACAUGUCCAAACUGAUCUCUCUCAUCCAGAGCAGCAGGACCAGCCACAUCGCCUUCUAGAUUAGAAAGACUCAAACUGAGCCCACACUGGAGUUCUCAUCUCAAAACAAAGUGAAACCGAAAAAAGGGAAUAUUUCUUAAAAUGACUGUGAAGUUAUUAAGAAUCAUACUUUGGUUACCGUGUAUUUUAAGCAUUAAACUCGAUCCGAGAAAGUCUUAAAAAAUGUAGCAGACUGAAUGUUAUAUCUAAUAUAGAAGUGCAAUGCACUACGCUCCAGACAUGCUACUUAUUGUAGCACUGACAAAUGUUUUAUUAAAGCAUGUGUUGUUUUCUCAUGUUGCCUCAAAGUGAGGAACUCUAUUACACUAGGCUGUACUUCUGUUAAGAACGUCAUUGAGCUGGUUUUGAUAUGAAUUUUAGAGGCUUGUGUUUUCACUUUGCCUGUGAAAUAAAAUGACUUAAAUCAC